UCUGCCGCUGCCCAUAUGCAGCAACGUUCAACGGCACGCGUCGCCAUAGGAUCUAUCCCUCCACCGGGAUCGUCCGAACGAGCAGCCGGACACACGCACUCAACGCUCACACUGGCGAAUCUGGCACGCAUUAACAAUGCGAACGCCCAGGACUGUCAUCAGGGCAAAGCAUCGCUGCACCAGACCCUCAAGAAGGGCACACAUCAGUCUGAGUCUGUAGCAGACGCCUCCUAUUACAGCAGCGUGCUCGCCUCCUUUGGCAGUGCAGGUGUUGCUGCUGGCCCAACUGUGGCGGCUAGUACGGCAGCUAUUUCGAAUUGUGCAGCUAACAGUGGCAGUGCAUCUGGUGGUGGAGCAACUGCAGGCACCGGCAAUGGCAACAGCAUGAGUCUAGGCAAUGCCGCCCAGCUAAGCAGCAGCUACGACAUCGGCAAUGCAACAGGCAGCACGAACAGCAGCAGCAACUGGCAGCAGCAAGCGCAAUAUUACAGAUAGAGAUUUAAUGGACAGAAUCUAUACUUUUAUAUGAAAUACAUUUAAUUAUUGUACAAAUAAACAGUUGUAUGUGGAAAGCGACCUGUUU